UUAGCCAAGUAAAUCACUCAAAGCUUUCACGGACCAUAAGGAAGCUAGUUUGAGUAAUCAUGAUCUCUUAAAUUCUUAUGAUCAUCAUUAAUUUUUCCCUUUAAACAGAUAGUUUAGUAGAUAGGUAUAUAGAGAGACUAGAGCAAGGUAGAUGUGAGACUAAAAUAGACAUGCUCCCUUCUCAUCACCUUCCUACCCUUCUCCAAGCAACAUUUGCCACCAUCGUAUCACCGAUUUCCCUUGAGCACUAUUUCCUCACUGUUUGGCUCACAAGGAACAACCUCAUCCUCUUGUUAUUCUUCAUUUUGAUUUCUCUUCUUGCUCCAAGGUCCAAAGGCUAGCUAGAAUUUGUUUGCUUUGGUUUUGUCUGAAUACAGAGAGAAACAUUUGCUUCUUGUCACUGAUCUCGUGGUUGAUUUUCUUAGUUGUUUUGGGUGUUGUAUAAGAUGGGGUUGAGUUCUAAGCAGGUUAGCAGUAGCGGGUUAGAUUGGAGCCAGACCCUAUUGCAGGAACGGACUUUGGAGCUGCCUAAACCUCCUGCAAUAAGGAGGCAACAGCAACAAAACCAGCUGCAAUCCGAGUCCUUGAAGUGUCCAAGGUGUGAGUCAACAAACACAAAGUUUUGUUACUACAACAACUACAACAAGUCACAGCCUAGGCAUUUUUGCAAGACUUGCAAGAGACACUGGACUAAAGGUGGUACUCUCCGAAAUGUUCCUGUUGGUGGUGGCCGGAAAAACAAGAGGCCGAAAACAUCAAAAACAAGUGCUGACACCACCACCUCCACAAACACAGCAAGCACCGCUGCUCCAAGAACCAAUAAUAGCAACAAUAUGAUCAAUAGGGUUAACCCCCAGCUGCCAAUUCAAGCUCAGCAACAAAAGCAGAAUCUUCCUGAUCUUGUACUUGGUGAUCAAAAGAAUUUAUCUGGAAUUCUGUAUCAAGCAAUGAUCAAUCCACCAUCUUCAGUUCUGCAACAGAAUUCAAUCAGCUGCAACAACUUGGAUACCAAAAGUUUCAACACCGACAACAAUGGUGUCCUUUUGGGUUCAUCUUUGUCUCUACCUCAAAUUCAAGGCUCACUCUUUCCUUGUCCAAGUUCUUUCGACACAAACCCAUCUUCAAUUUGCACCAGCUCCUUUCAGCCCUUAAAUGUUUAUAACUACUCGGGAGAAUCCACGGAGGACUCAACCAUCACCACCAUCAUGCCUUCCACAAGUAGCACUAUCGCUCAACCAUGGCAAGUGCCAAAUACAAGCAGUGGAAUGGACAUAACAAAUUACUGGAAUUGGGAUGAUAUAGAGAAUUAUGUCUCUACUGAUCUCAAUGUCACAUGGGAUGAUUCUGAAAUCAAACCAUAACUAAGUUCUUUAUUAACCUUAUUAGAAGUGUGGAUAAAUCCGCUUUCUUUCUUUUUCCUAGUAAUUGAGUGUUUUUGUGUGAAUGGUCAGUCUCAUUUGUAAUAUCACAGUCAUAUAUUAAUGUGUCUUUAACUAUUAUAGCUAGUUAGAUGUAUCCUGUUUGAAGCUGUCCUUUUUUUUUCCCCCUCAGUUUCAGCUUCAGGCUAUAAUAUAACGUGUCCAUUUGUGUAGUUUUUUUCUUUCCUUAUCCUACUCACAAAUGUUUCAAUUCCAAUGCAGAAGUAUUUCAUGUGAAGUAAGCUAAGGGGUUAGGGUUCACGUUGUGCUAGAGAAGGGUAUCUAAGUUGAGACUGCAGUGAUGGGGUCUUCUCCAGCUAAGCUGGGGUAUUAGUAGAUGUGAUGGAAGGUUCCUGUGGAUAUGUAUAAUUUUUUGGAAAUCUCAAAUAAUAACAUUUCAUGGACUUGUUUUCUCACCACUUGCUCAGAAUCAUUCUCUUUUUCUAGCCCUGACACAUAUUCUUGCUGUAAAGUAGUUUCUGCAAAAAUUCUUGAGCA